CGCAUACGUCUUGCAGACUUAGCAUGUGUGCUAAACCCCCAAAAAUAGCGAAAAUAAAUCAAACUAAACCAUUUUUGCGUGAAAACCAUACUCUGCUCUUAUUCCGCUUGUAUUAUCAAUCGCAAAGAUAGGAUUAAAUACAUGCCUAUGUGUGAAGAAUGGUGCAUUUGUAGAAUGUGUUAAUUUAGCACUGGACUAUUGUUGUUCCUCACGUCAGUAAUGCCAACCUCCACUUAAAGAGACCAGCAGCCCUCUGUUUCACCUAUUGAACCACUAAAAAAUACUUUUGGUUUUUCUAAAAUGUUCAAGUAGAGAUAAGUAGAAUAAUAUAAGGAUCAGUGCUGUGGUUCACUGUAACAGGGUAACUGCAUGAACAUUCCUAUAAGUAGGUGAAUGAAGGGUUCUUAUUGAGAUGAUGUAGGAGGGAUUGGUAAUCAAUACAGUGAUCAAAGCAUCGACAGUGAAGAUGGACAAGAAAUCCUUUGACAUCGUCUUGGAUGAAAUUAGAAAAUGUGUUCUGACAGAUCAGAGAAUCAAAGCUAUAGAGCAAGUUCAUGGCUAUUUCUCCAGUGAGCAGGUGAUUAACAUUCUAAAGUACUUCUCCUGGGCAGAGCCACAGAUAAAGGCAGUCAAAGCUUUGCAACAUAAAAUGGUUGCAAUUCCAACAACCAAGGUUGCAAACAUCCUUAACAGCUUUACAUUCUCAAAAGACAGACUCGUUGUACUGGAACUCAUAGCUCUAAAUAUUUCUGAUGCCCAAAACUACCAUCCUGUGGAGGACACAUUCCGUAUACACCUUUCUGAGAAGAAACGUGCAAGAAGAAUCCUAGAGCAGGUAUGUAAGGUGGGAUGUAAAGCUCCAGUGGCGAUGAUUUCAUCUUGCGGGAUGAUCCCAGGGAACCCUUACCCCAAAGGCAAACCCAGCCAGGUCACUGGAACAUUUCCUGGACUUCCCGCCAAAAAGGAGGGAGAGGAUGCAAACUUAGAAGGAAAGGGCAUUGCUGCGUGCAUCCUUGGACCAAGCAGACCGUCACCUUCAACUUACAAUCCACACAGACCUGUGCCAUACCCUAUCCCACCUUGUCGGCCACACGCAACCAUCGCCCCAAGUGCGUACAACAAUGCAGGUCUGGUGUCAGUGGGUGGGGUCAUCACUGCCACUGUGCAACCCCCACCCUACCGAGCCACUCCCAAUUUGGCAGGUUACAGCCGUCAACAAAAUCCAACCUCCAACUUCUCUGGCAUACCAGCUAUGUCUCCUCAUAGUUCCACCACAUCCACUCCUGUAACCUCUCAAGCUCAGUCUACCACACCUAUCACUCCAGUUUUCCCUGGCAUGGUACCAUCCCAGAACCCUGUAACCCCCUCUCCUACUUCUGCCCCCUCACCCUCUGUCAUCAAAGGGCCUCCUAUCCCGGCCAUGUCUCCCCAUCCCAAUCAAAGUGGUCACACCAUGCCUAUUACCUCCCCAUUUUCUGGCAUGCCCCUUUCAGGUAGAAACACCCCUUCAGUCAUCAAAACCCCAUCUGGAACACCCUGUGGUACACCUGGGCCAUUUGCAAACAUCCACUCUUCUGCUAUCCAUGGUGCACCCCGCUCUGAAACUCCUACCGGUGGCCCUACACCUACUCCCAUUACUCCUUAUGUAUCAGCUAUGGGUUUACCCUCAAAGGAGGGUUAUCCACCCUCCUCAGAUUCCCAGACAGGUCCUUCGUUUCCUGGAGCUCAACCCUCUACCCAGUCACAUUCAGUUAUCCGUAGUUACACACCCUCAGGAAUGUCCUCUCACACUCCUGGACACUUUACUCCAGGCAUGCAAAGUGUCGGAGGUUUGCCAGCAGUGUCUGGUGCUCCCAGCCCUAAGCCCUCUACUGGCUUGUCCAACCAGGCAUCCAUGAGUAGCCCAGCUGGUGCAUUCUUUAGUGAGCAACAUGCUAGCUCCAUGGUCCGGCAUGGCGGAGGUAGUGGCAGUAACAGCCCUGUCUCUUCCGCUUUCAAAGGGCCCUCGCGAUCAGGCACCCCUUCCCUUAACUCUCUGGUAAUGCCUAAUUCCGCUGUCCUUGCCCAAUCCGUGGACAUGCCCUCACCCCAGCCGUCUUUACCCAGCACUUCUAGCGUAGCCGGACUCCACAGGCUUUCCUCCAUGCUAGGCUCCCAGUCUGGGAGUAGCCCUGCCCCGCACUUCACAGCCAUCUCCCCCUUCCAGUCUUUAUCUGCAGCUUCUCCUUUCCCUGGAGCCCAAUCCUCAAUUUCUACCUCAUCUUGCCCCACUCCUGCUGCCUCAUCUGUAUAUUCAGGCUUGGCUCACUCUAGCACUUCCAGUCCAUCCUCCUUUGGCUUGGGCAUGACCACCUCUCCCUCUAUGUUCCCGGGCCUUCCUCCUGGCACAAACCCUGCCUUCUCAGCUUUUGGAGGUUCUGUGCCCUCUGCAGCAGGUAGCCCAGUGUUGUCCUCCAUAUUGGGCCUUCCGGGAGUCUCCUCCUCAGUGGCCACCGUUGCACCUCUCCAGGCAGCAGCAGUAGCAGUGGCUGCCGCAGCAGGAGUCCCCGCGUCCUCUCAUGUGCUUCCUGGCUUCGCUUCUGCAUUCAGCUCUAACUUCAACCCUGCUCUGGUUGGCCAGGCUGGGCUAACAGGUGGUCUCCAAGCCCCUGGAGGAACAGGUUUCCCAGGGUUGCUUUCUUUCCCCACAGGGAUGCACAACUUCCCUACUACAGCAUCUCCAGCUGCUCUGUCUGGUCUACACAACCCUGCCAUGCAGUCCGCACUUUUGCAGGCUCACUCAGCAUCAGCACUGGACAGUUUCCCUACUCAGACUAAUGGAUUCUCUAACUUCCCUGCAGCGGCUGGCUCAAGCUUAACUCUGCAGCCAGGCCUGCACCCAUCUCUGGGUUGGCAGUAACUCUUCAUUGGGCAUAGGAAAACUAAAUAACCUGUAUGUGCGAGUGUGCAAUGUGUGCAUGUGUGUGGUGUGAGUAAACAGUGACAAACACUGUGGACUUUGGUGCUGUAAAUUUAGUGGGUGUGCGUGGAAAAAGGUGCGCCUAAAAAGCAAAUGCGGGUAAAAUUGAAAAACCACUGUGGCAGCUCUAUUCUGUGGUAAUUUUCCAAAGAAAAGUCUUAGCAUGUCAAAUCAAAACCUAACCUUGUUGUUCAUUGCUGGGAUUUCUGAUUGGAUUUUGAAUGUGUCUUGUAUUUGAAUGAAUAAAAUAUGUACUAUUCUUAAUAUUUUAGUUUGUAGCAGGGUCGUAACCACAAUAUAGAUUGAGGGGGACAAGUCCCCACUAAUAGUCAGAUAUGGCCAAUUUGUCCACCCCAAUAAUUGAUAUCCUUGUUGCUGAUCUGCUGUAGUCCAUUAUGCACUGUUGUCUAAUUAUCAUUCAGUUGUUGCGGGAAUAGCAUAAUGGUUUGAAAAAGUUAAAUUUUUUGCGUACUCACUAGUCUAACAUCACUUGUCAAUGUCAUGUGAGAUAGCCAAUCAAAUAGAUUAAGGUGGGACUCAAUUUUAAGAAGCUAAGCGGGCCGGGAACCUCGUGGAUUAUUCCAGCACAGAGCAUCAGUAAGCUGUUAAUUUUAAGAGUGUUUGUGUCAUGUAAGAUGUAAGUAUCUAACUAAACAUGCAAUAUUUACCCACUGUUUUAUGAGUGAAAUGUUGUACUGACCAACAGUCAUUUCCAAGGGUGCAAACUAUCCUCCAUUUGGUGAAAUUCACCGUUUUUAGUUGGAAAUAUGUCACGUGCAGUACGUGAUUCCUAUUUCAUUCAUAAUUGUGAAUGUGAAAACAUUAACAGAGUAGUUUUCAGUAUAUCAGGCUUAAGACAAAGAGCAAAUGUGUAAUAAUCUGACGUAGCUUUUUAGAAAAUUCCCAAGCUACAUAAAGGACAAAUACUAUAAAGCACUAUUAAAGGUUCAGUAUAAAGACAUCACAACAGUAGUCCGUAUGACUUGUGCAUUUUAUUCCAAGCUUUCUGGGCCGUCAAACAGCUUUGUGUUAUAUGGACUACUUUUAUGAUAUUUUCAUUCUCAAAUAAAAUGUUGUGUUAAGAUUCUACUGGGGGAGAAAACUCAAUCAGAGAGAACUUGAGGGCAGUAAAUAAUUUUGUGUAUUUUCUUUUUUGCUAGCUAGCAGACAAGUUGUCAUUUUACAGAUACAUCAUUGAUGAAAAGAAAUUCAAAUUAUAUUCGUCUUUUCUUUGGAACGGCACAAAAAAAUGAAAAGAUGACUGAAACAGGCAAAUUGCUAGCAAUGCAGAUACUGUGUUUUUCUUGUACUGUGUGAACUUAAAAAAAAAAAAAACAUGUUCUGUAUCUAUUAAAACCAAAAAUUAUCAAAUUAUGGGCCCAGAUCGCAUUUAAAAAAAACCUCCCCACCCCCAACAAGGUUACAGCAUUGGUUUGUAUUAAUUAGGGCAAUUCAUUUUAAAUUCACUCCAGUAGAUAAACUGUGAAUAGUGUGGGUGUGUACAUUUUGCUAUACUGUUUUUGCCCUGUAUUCAGAAAGUUAGGGGGUUAACUGACCUUUUCAAAUGUCUUUGUCAAAUACUGUACAUGUACUUUGAGAAUGGGUAAAUUAGGUGUUUGCUCUCUACUGUAGCUGUUUUGUUGACUUUAAGUUUUUUACCAUGCAAACUUCUUCACAUGAGAUUAUUUUUUUUAUCAAGUUGCCUUGCAACUCUAUGGUAACUUUAAGUGUUACGGUUUUACAAUUUUGCUGAUGUUAAGGUCAGUAUCAUACAUUUUUCAUGUAUAUAAUGUGUAGAUCUCAGAGUCUGCAGUACUCCUGUUUGUUUCCACCAUUAUAUAUUAUAAAAUAUAUUUAAUAAAAUGGUAGGU